AUGGCAUCAGCAGGUGGUCUGCAACGGCGACGUAAUGCAAGUGGAAUCAACUCCACAAACUCAUCGCACGAGAGUAACUCAUCAACAAUACUAGAUCGCUCGUAUUCUGAAAAUGGCGUCAGAGUUGCAGUAGAUCCCAACGAUUUACCCGGUUCAGAAGACAAAAACCAACCAAAAUUAACACUCAUGGAGGAGGUCUUAUUAUUAGGUUUAAAAGACAAACAGGGAUACCUCUCAUUUUGGAAUGAUAAUAUUUCUUAUACUCUUAGAGGAUGUAUUCUCAUGGAGCUUGCGUUUCGAGGGCGAAUAGCUAUGAUAAAAGAUCCCCUUCGUCGUAAAUUUCCACUUUCGGAGAGGCUGAUUGAAGUUGUCGAUGAAAAAUUGACCAAUGAAGUCCUUUUGGACGAGGCGUUAAAAAUGAUGAAGAGUAGUGAAGCAAUGAGUGUGGGAAGUUGGAUUGAUUUGAUGA